UAAGCAAAAAAACAACCAACCUAAGUUCCUAACAUAAAAACUGAAAAAUAAUGUUCCGAAGCAACGCCACCUAAAACGUAAAAACCGACUCCGGCAGACGGCAGUCCUCUUAUUCCGUCGCCUAUUUUCAGAGAGAGAGAAUGGAGGACGAACACAAGCUUUCCUCUUCAACUUCUGCUCUAGAUUCCUCUAACAUCGGAUUUCAGCUGUUGAAGAAGCAUGGUUGGAAGGAAGGAACCGGUCUUGGUGCUUCUCAACAGGGUAGGCUAGAGCCUGUGGAAACAUAUGUUAAAAAGAACAAAAGAGGUUUGGGAGCAGAAAAAGGGAAAAAGAAGACCUUGCAAUCAUCCACUACCACCACCUCUGAUGAGAAGGAGAAAACAGAGAAAAUGUCAAAAAAGGAGAAAGCACUCACAAAAAGGAUGAGGAAACUGCUGGAUGAAGAUAAGCGUCGGCAAGAGAAUGAGGCUCGACAAGCAUUCUUCAAAGAGUUUUGGCCAGAUAAUGUCUGACAUUGGGCUCACAAGGACGACGAAUUGCAUUAUUUGUUAAAUGAGACAAUUAUCAGGACUUGAGCAUGCUCGUCAGUCGUCAAGAUGGACGUUCUAGCCGCGAACCAAUUUGAAUGUGUGCUCUCCCUAAAACUGAAGGCAUAACUUUGAAGUGUAUGCUUAUGUUGCUCCAUUUUUGUCAUUAUUCCUGCAGACUUUUUAAUAGUUGUAUGGCUUGUACAUAAUUUUUGGAUGUAUGAUUUAUAGAAUGUUAGUAAUUGCCAAGGGAUUUAGCAAGCACUUGGGUCGAUCGAUCUUCUA